GCAGUGUUAGAAAAAUCAUCACACAUUCACCGGAAACGAACCACCGGCUUCCGCUGAUGAACAUCAACACUACUCACAUUGAAAGACGAAAAGGAUAACUUGCGUCUGUAAUAGAAUUCCUCUCUUUGAACCUCUCCACUUUGUAGGCCAUGCUCUGACUAAUCUCUAAUUUACAUCCCGAGAGUUGUCAGAUUAACGUGGCAUCUGCUCAGUCAUUUGCUCAGUCUUGAGCCAUUAAGAGCACCAACGCACCGGUGUUCCCCAGCAAGCUGAGCUGUCACCAUGGAAACCGAAACCGACGUUAUUCCUAUCUGGCAGAACAAGCCUCAUGGAUCCACUCGCAGCGUGGUGAGGCGAAUAGGCUCCACUCUUCCGCUCAAACCACCACAAAGAGCAUGUUUUCAGGAGCUACCAGGCCUGACUUCUCUUCGCCCUAUGGACGGCCCCAUGGUUCCUACCUUGGCAGAUAUUGCCUGGAUAGUUGCGGAUGAAGAGGAGACGUACGCCAGAGUGCGGAGUGACAGUCGCCCUUUGAAACACGAGUGGAGGCCCACACCACUCCUGGUUCUACACAGGAACUCAUCGGUGCCCAACUUCCGACGAGAGGGCAAGCGAGUGGAAGGCUUGAGAAAGCCUGGCGUUACCGCACUAAACCGCACUACCGCCCUGCAAGAUGAGCUGAGCAGACUUCGAGCGCAAAUUGCAAAGAUUGUGGCCGGCGAUACUGGCUCCAACCCCUUAACUCCUGACCUGCUCUCCCCUGACGACACCACCAUGAGCUUUUCCAUGGCGCCCUUUGAGACCACUCCCUACCAGCCGGCGGCUACGGCAGCCGCCUCUUUUGUUAUUAGCGAUGUCACCGAGGAAGAUGAAGAAGAAGAAGAGGAGGAGGAGGAAGAAGAAGACGACGACAAAGACAUGGUGUCCGUGGUGUCGGAGUUGGUCCCGGACCCCCUCCCGCCAGUCUCUAUGACGGCAUCUGCCACCUUCGACCUGGACCGGCCCAGCAUGGACUACCGCGAGGCAGAGGAAGACACGGUGUCCCUGUCAAAGUCCACCAGCUUUGCCGACGUGAUGGACAUCCUGAAGGACAUGAACCGCAUGAAGAUGAGUAAAGACAGGUAUAACAGAGGCUGUACGUCAUUGAGAGAAGAAGACUCGGCUUCCCUGAUCUCGGAGGCACUGAGGAAAAAAUUUGUCCUGAAGGAUGAAGACAGCAUGGCCGUGAAACGGAAGUAACACCUCACCGGUCCUGCUUCUCCAUGUGUAGUCAUGGACUGCGACCUUACUCCUCGGACCUGGAUGCAGCAGCUGCCUGCUGCCAGUUAGUAAACAAAACUGUAUGGCAUAGUCCAUUUCACACUCCGGUUUUCAGAACAAAUGAAUUUGAACUGAGGAGUAACCAGUGGCCCCUUUUUAGGAGCACUUUUUAACCCUUUCUGCGUUGAAGAGGUGGGUUUUUAAUUAGGACAUUUUCCAGUUCUGUAUCAUACUUGAAAAUGUCUGCGAGGAUACACACAACAUCUCUUAAAUCGUUGGAUCAACAUAAGAGUCAUAAGGUGACGUGUAUGCGUUUAGCCAAUAUAGUUAAAACGGGGGUGAGGAAUGACAUACUAAUAAAACAAAUUACUCCUUGAUCUUUCGGCCAAUUAAAAGGUGUGUACACAAUGUAUUUGGAGUAUGUUUAUUCUGAAGUUGUCCACCCCUCAACUGAACAAAGUGUGAGACGUUUCAAAGGAUCCAAGCUUUUGACGGCCUUUUGAAGUACAAUGGGAAUGCCUGAUGAAGCAAAGAAAAUUGAAGUGUGUGUUUGUUUUACAUGACUUUGUAUGGGAACAUGAGAGUUGUGACUAUGAAUAUUCCUGGUACCGCCUUACCGCACAUCUGUUGCCUGCUCGGAUGCCUGAUGUAACUCACCCCCAUCCCUGAUUGUGCCACGAAUAUAUUUUUAUUACCCGUCGCUUAUUCCCAUACAAUAUGUGCGUUAUUUGUUAACAUUUAUUGAGUGUAAUGUGUUUUGAGCCACCAAUAUAUGGGUAGGAAUAACCCCCUCACAAUUGUUACUUGCUUUACUUCCUCAUGCAUCCUUUGACGAGAUGACAAAUAUCCUUAAGACAUUUCAGAGCAUCAUGACAAGUUAGAAUUUACCUCAGUUUCUCAGCAUCGAUCCCUUUCGUUGGGUUGAACAUGGCACCUCCACAUUGUACCGCAUGUUUUUCGAUAUUAUUUUUGUUAUGUGAGGAUUUGUAAAUAAAGAUGGGCAGAUGUUUUGAAACUGUUUCUCUUUUCAUCUAUGGCAAUAAGAGUAUUGUGUUAAACUAAACUCCGUGAAGUUGGGCCCCCAUCAGAUGCAAAUUUAUAGAAAAAAUUAUGUCACUGGUUUGUGCUGGAAAAAAAAGUUUAU